CAGCCCAUAUAUAUUCUUUCAUUUUUUUUUAUCUUUUUCAGCCAAAAUUUAGUUUCCCUCGAAAAAAAUAGGCUUCUUCGUUCUUUUCCUCUGUCACUGCCGCCACCCCAUCUUUGCUCCGCCGCUGAUUCCACCGCCCCACUGCCAGUGACUUUGAAGCUGUUUAUAUUCAAUUAGAAUGUCUUCUUCACCAUUAUUUUCUAUGAGCACGAUGAAAAGGGAUUCGUUUGUUAUGAAAACGAUAACUUCGAACAAAGAGUUCAAGUUUAAUGUUUCGAAUUCCUUCGAUAAGCUACCUGUUACGAGUCCUACAUUGUUGUUAACCGGUGAGAACUCGUUGAAAUGGGGACAAAACGAGAGUCUUUUAAGGAAUCGAAUGCAAUGCUGUGCAGUGGAAGUCAAGAACAUGCCUGGGUAUCCAAUGGGGAAGAAGUUUGAACUCGAUGAUGUGAUUGAAGCUCAACAAUUCGAUAGGGAAACUUUAAAUGCUAUAUUUGAAGUUGCGAAAGAGAUGGAGAAUAUCAAAAAGAACUCACCCGGAAGUCAAAUUCUCAAAGGUUACCUGAUGGCCACCCUUUUUUAUGAACCUUCAACUAGAACUAGGCUUUCAUUCGAGUCGGCCAUGAAACGAUUGGGUGGUGAAGUUUUAACAACUGAAAAUGCUCGAGAAUUUUCUUCGGCAGCCAAAGGGGAGACCCUUGAAGAUACUAUUAGAACUGUUGAAGGGUAUUCUGAUAUAAUUGUGAUGCGACACUUUGAAAGCGGUGCUGCUAAACGAGCGGCAGCUACCGCAGGCAUUCCCAUCAUUAAUGCUGGUGAUGGUCCGGGUCAACAUCCUACCCAGGCCCUUUUAGAUGUCUACACCAUAGAAAGAGAGAUCGGAAAACUAGAUGGCAUCAGAGUUGGGCUUGUCGGAGAUCUUGCCAAUGGGAGAACCGUCCGUUCUCUUGCCUACUUACUUGCAGAGUACCAAGAUGUGAAGAUAUACUUUGUUUCCCCCGACGUCGUUAAAAUGAAGGACGACAUUAAAAAGUAUCUAACACGGAGGGGUGUCGAGUGGGAAGAAAGUGGUGAUUUAAUGGAAGUGGCGUCUAAGUGCGAUGUGGUAUACCAAACUCGUAUUCAACGAGAACGGUUUGGAGAAAGGAUCAAUCUUUAUGAAGAAGCUCGUGGUAAGUAUAUAGUGGAUGAGAAUGUGUUGAAGGUAAUGCAGAGUCAUGCUGUGGUAAUGCAUCCUCUCCCGAGGCUUGAUGAGAUUACCGUCGAUGUUGAUGCCGAUCCGAGAGCUGCUUAUUUUAGACAAGCAAAGAAUGGUCUUUAUAUAAGGAUGGCUCUUUUAAAAUUGUUGCUUGUUGGAUGGUGAGGAGAAGAAGGGGCUAUUUUUGGAUUUAUUUUGGGAAAUUUGGCAUCUUUUAAUUCAGCUUGAUUAGGGUAAUCAUUGUGCUUUUGAGAAACUGAAGCAAAUAACUAAAAAAAGGAUCAAUUUCUUAAUAUUUCCUUUAUGUUAAGUUGGAUUGAGCCUUUCUGAUUAGAAUUUCGGAAUUAGAUCAUGUAAUCAUUUUUUAUAUUUAAUAAAUUUCGAGUCUGGAAUUGAAA